AUGGACUUAACUAUCUUCGAUGAUGUGGAUGAAACAGAUAUAUCAUGCAGAGAUAAAAUUCAGGUACUAUUACAAGAAUUGAAAGAGCAAGAUGAGGAGUAUGUGGAGUUACUUGUAGGAUUGAAAGAAAAAAUGAUAAUAUACUGGCAUCAACCUUGGUAUCAAAGAACUGGUUGGCUGACAAGGAAAAUUGAGCAAAAUGAAGAUGAACAUGAAAAAUUUCGGACUGAUAAAUUUACUUUAACUGAAUGUGAGCGUGUGCAUAAAAAUUGGUUAAAAUUUGUCAAGAAAUUUCAGGUACCUGAUCAACCAAUGAGGUUAGCAAGAUGGAGAAGUAAAGGAAAAAGUAAAAUAAGUAAAUUUGGAACAGAGGAGUAUGUGAGACGUUAUAUCAUUUCCUAUCUUGCUAGAGGUCUAGAAAGAAAUCUCCACCAAGUAUUUCAACACUUUAAUGUAUGCUAUGGUACACUUAAUAAGGGACCUUAUACAAAACUUGAAACAAAAGUAAUACAACUCUGUUACUACCAUUUUCCUGAAGAUGCUGUACAGUAUGCUUCUCGAUUAUUAUGUAGAGAAACUAGAGGAGUUCAGAUGAAGAUACAUUUGGAUUUUAAAGAUAAUCUUAAAAAGAAACGACGUAAAGUAAGAUGGAACUUGGUCAGUGCAACAAAAUUUUUAAAAUUAAUCAUGCAGUUUACUGGUCUUCAACUUGAAGAACUAAAAUAUAAAAAAAUUGACAGAUCUAUUUGGGUUAAGAUGGAAGAUGAGAUGGAUAAAGAUGCAAAAACAUUAAAUUUUUUCUGGUACUAUUAUUUACAUGUUCAAAUAUUUGUAAAAUUAGACCUAAAACUUAAAACAAUCAAAAAGAAAGCCAUAAAAGUAAUCAAAUCAUAUCCAUAUCGAGUUUGGACAGAUAUCAAUUGGAAAGAUUUAGUGCAACAUUUUCCUGAUGGUGUAACAUCUGGGUUUUUGUAUAAUAUUUGUGUCCAUUCUGCGAUACAUUAUACAAAUUAUUCAAGAGCACCACUUCAUGAAGUACUUAAUUUUGUAAAGGAGAAAAUUAAAACUUCGUCAAAUAAACGCCUUAAAACAUUAACUUUAAAUAAUGAUGGAAUGUUAGAAGUUGUUUGUUACAAUAAUUCAGAACAUGAAGAUAUUAAAGAAGAUAAAUAUUAUAACAACUUUUAUUGA